UCGAUCUAGCGUUCUCCCCUCGUGGAACUCACUAAAGGAUUCUGGGAAAAGACGACAUUUUGCUGGCGCCAUUAAAACGAAUACCGGUACUGAAAUAGUUGAAUGGAACGUUUAUUGAAUGAAAAAUUCAUUGAUUGAAUGUUUCAGCAUGGAUAUUUCACACUUCAUUAAAGUGACCUGUAACGGUCGCAAGGUGGCAGUGCAUUGUGAUGGGAACACUUAUGAUGAAUUUUUGAAGAAUGUGAGUGAAAAGUUUAACAUCCCUGAAAAUAACAUAGAGAUCACUACCAGUGAUAAUACAGAGGUCGAUAAUGUGUACUUCAACGCAAUUGUUAAAUCUGUAGACCAACUUAAUGCAAGGGAUCGUACUGAAUGUGAAUCUAAAGCAUCAACUGAAUUUAGUCUACAAUCACCUCUACAAUCGCCAACGUCGUCAAUAAGUUCCAGGAGCUGUAUCUCUCCGUUGGAGACUGGGACUCAAGCCACCAUACAAAUUCCAUGGAAUAAGAUUCCGUCGAGUCUUAAUCAGGCAUUUGAAGAGGAAGAGCUAAUAACGCGAAAACAACGAUGUUUGUUAAUAAAAAUAUUGUGGGAUGAGAUAAAACAAACCAAUCAAAGAAUCUCGAGGAAAAUCCUGAGAGAAGUGGCGGCAAAAGUUGUACGAAGACAUCCAAGAUGUUUCGAAAAACGGAUGGACGGAACGAUUUUGACUGACGGUAUCGAAGAACUGAUGUUAGCUUUAGAAGCGAAAAAAGACAACGAAAACCGACCAGAAUCUUGUGAAAAAUCCAAGAAACCACGCUUAGACAUUGAAGUCAUAAAUUCAGAGUCAUUUAAUCAAAAUGAACUUAAGGAUUUGUUUUUAAAAGAUAAACUGACUGAUGUGGAAAAACAGAAAGUUCGUGAAACAAUGAUAUCCACAUAUCAGGCACAAAGAAUAGAUUUCAUCGACAAAGAUACAACCAUAUGCAUGGUUAAAGCAAGUUGGCCAUUUAUAUUUCAAAGUGAUUACUUUUUUAAACACUUCGAAAUGUUAACCAGUGUUAAUUUACUGAAGUUGUUCAAUGGAAUCGGAGAAAUACAAAGUGUGCGAAUCUAUAAUUAUCUUGUUGCCCAGAAGACCUGUAAUCUUUCAGAAAUACAAAAUCUGCAGGAACAGCCAGAUAUAACCUGGACAUAUCAGAUGUUGACCCAGGUUUUUAAAGAGGAUCUUAAGGAAUUGAUAGUAUGUCAGAUUCGUGCAAUUACAAUUUAG